CAAAGGUCGGGUGAACUUGUUCGCUAGUCUGCGUCAGGUGAGAAGGUUUGACGAGGCACGUAGCAUUAAGUCAUCCAAUUACGUGGGCAGGGUCCCACCACCAACUAAUACACGUUGGAUCUAGAAGCAAAUGCCACCUGUAUUCCGGUCAAACCAAACUAGCUGACCGUGUCCCGAAUGCGUUCGUCGAAAGUCCCCGCGACGUCGGGAUACGCACCUCUUCACAAACCGUCCGAUCAAGAUCCGACAGUCAACAUCGAAUUCUUUCUUCCGCUGGUCAAGAUCGCGUCCCCUCCCGCGUCAUCGAAUUACUUCAUUUUUGGACUCCCGAAAAGCCAAAUCGCUACAAAAGCUGAACCUCCGGAUUCUUUCGGCUCGGGGAUUGCGGUCGGCGCUGGUUCGGAUCGCUACAAAAGGAUUUCUUCUGGCCUUCAAUAUACGUCUCGAUCCGCUUCGACCUUUGAUUUCGGGGAGGAUUUGAAAUGGCGGCGAGCUUCCAUCAAUGGGAGAAGGAUCCUUUCUUCUCCGCCGCCGAUGAGGUGCAGGAAUCCGCCGAUAGGAUGGAGUCGCUUUACCGUUUGUACAUCCAGGAGCGGAAUAACGCAGCAAAGGCUACCACGGGAGUCGAAUUCGCAUCCGGCGAGCUCCGUACAGAGCUUCGCACGGCUCUUGGGACCGCAAAGUGGCAGCUCGAGGAAUUGGAACGGGCUGUGAGAUCGAAUGAUGAUGCAUGCUCAGCGGGAGAAGACACGAGAGUUCGGCAUGACAAAUUCAUCGUGGCUAUUCGGAGUCAGAUAUCCAUGGUGGAAGAUUGUUUGAGGCAGUCCAAUUUGGAGCUGGGUGAGACUGCUGUCGCGUGGGUCCGUUUGAAUGACGGAGAAAGGGAUGAGCUUGCACGUUUUCUAUCUGGUCCACUGCAAGCCGAAGAUGUGCCCAAGUUUUCUUCGUUUGGUGGCGUUGAAGUCGGGAACAGUACUGUUGAUAUGAAUGGAGAGGCUUCCAUUGACUGUAUGAAGAAUUUUUCUUGCCAAUCAAGUGAGUCUUGUAGACGGGAGACCAGGGAUGAGAGGUUGCAUGGUCAUGCAUCAUGUGCCACAACUGAUGUUGGAUCAUGGGCCAUUGGGAUCCCUGAUGAGGGUGAGGAUACACCUGGGAGAUUACCCGAUGAUAGACCUAAUUUCGUAUCCCGAGCGAUUUUUAGUUCUGCUGCAUUAUCAGACGCUUUGGAAUCAACACCUAGGAUGAGGUGGCUUAGAAAUGGACUUGGGAAUUGGAGAGGUCGAUUUCAACAUAGUUUGGUGGGAUACAUCCCAUUGAAAAAUGAUCAAUUAGGUCAGGAAAUCAAUGCAUGUUACGGAAGAAGCAAGAGCUGCCUAAGAUACUGUAGAGAGGAUAUUAAUGAUAAGCAGCUUUAUGGGUGUCUUGGAGCUUUCCAGAGACAACUGCAAAGGUCCCAGUAUCAAAUUCAGUAUGGCCGUCCUAUCCAAAUUAUUCUUUGGGCAACACUUGUUGUUACCUUGAUGGUGACUUUUGUGCGGUAUAUUGGCUAGUGAUUGCACAAUGGUAUUUGGAUCUGGUACAUGCGACUUGGAUGCUUCAGCGGUGGCUUGUAUGUUGCUUUCUUUGUUGAACCUUUUCUAGACUCCUCGUAAGCAUGGAUAGUGUUUUUAGAUAACCCGAGUCACCUGAAGGCAUUUUACACUCAAGCUUUUACCCUUUUCCAGGCAAAGUUUUCUUAUGUUCUGCAGCCAAUUUUGCAUGUUGACUUUGAAUGCAUGAUGAUGAAUACUAUCAAAAGCUUCUUAGUGGGCUUAAUAAAUUCAAAUGGGUCUUAUUCCAAGCUUGCGAACUUGAGGCCUAUUAACAAAACUGGUGUCCCUUCCAAAAGAGAGAUAAAAAGAAAGAAAAAAGGUUUUUUUUAAUUGAAAAAGUAUUUCGUUAUAUUAAACGAUGUACAUGAUGCGAACUUAAGAUCUAUUUAUUAUUUGUGCAGCAAUGCACUAACCAAGCAUGUGGAUAUUUAGAUUUUCACUCACAUACACCCAAAACACUAUGUUUCUUUAAAGCAUCGUUUUGCAAUUUAUAUGCUCAGUGGUUCCUUAAACACUGCUUUCUUAAUUGCAGCAUUCUGUGGUACAAAACUGAAGCUGACACUUUCUGGACAAAAUUUGCUGCAGACUUUGGGAGCAGUUUCACUGUGCAAUCAAUCUGCAGCUCAGUAGAGGUUUCUCAUGGUAAUGAUCUAGAAGUUUUGGCCAUGUCACGGGACCAUUUGUUAAACUUGAUCUCUAAAAAUAAAUUUGGCCUGUGUAUUGUUGGUUUCAUGGCAUACAUGUGAUCCUUGGAUAAUGUAAAUUUGGGAAGUUAGCCAAGGGAAGGAAUUUACUAGUGGUAGAUGCUAUGAGUGAUGACCUUUUCAAGUUGAA